CACGCCGGGCUCCGCCGCCCGAGGAGCGAGGGUUUGUUCCGCCUGUUUCGCUUUUGUCUGAAAUCCCGGGAGCCGGGUAGGCUCCCCGUGUUCUUCCCUUCCCGCCUCCCGCCUCUCCGGCAUGUAGCGGGAAGACGGCGGUAGAGGGGCCGCGAUUCGCACGGGCGGCCUUUCGGACGCGGUGCCGUUGGAAGGAGGAAGGUUAAUCGUGGCCGCCGGCGCCGCGCUGAGGAAAUGGGGCUGGCUGCUUACAGCUGAGUCCGUCCGCUGCCGGGAGCUGCCGCGGCGUGGGCUUCAACCGUUCUGGCAUCAGGGAGGCACGCCGAUGCCGGCCUGUCGCGUGUAAAAUGGAUAACGAAGUCUUCACCCCCGUUUUGAAGAAGUUCACGCGCAGCCCUCUCGUCACAUGGAUUCGGACGUUUGGACCCUUAGCAGAAGAGAAUGGCAACAGCCUGGAGGAAUACCUGACGCUGGUGGAUGGCGUAUUUCUCAACGAAGUCAUGCUGCAGAUCAAUCCAAAGUCCACUAAUCGGAAUGUAAACAAGAGAGUCAACAAUGAUGAAUCAUUAAGGAUUCAGAACUUGUCUAUUUUGGUGAAGAAAAUAAAAUAUUUCUACCAGGAAUGCUUGCAGCAGCUGAUCAUGAUGGCUUUGCCGAAUGUCUUAAUAAUCGGCAGAAAUCCUCUCUCAGAGCCAAGUACUAAUGAAAUACAUAAAAUACUCCUGCUUAUGCUUGGUUGUGCUGUUCAGUGUCAGGAGAAGGAAGAAUUCAUUGAAAGAAUCCAACAUCUGGAUUUUGACACAAAAGCAGCUGUUGCAGCCCAUAUUCAAGAGGUAACUCAGAACCAGGAGAACGUGUUUGAUCUGCAGUGGACGGAUGUCAUUGUAUUUACACAAGACUCUGUUGAACCUCUUCUGAGAAAUAUGGCAUCACAUUUGAGAAGACUUGUAGAUGAAAGAGAUGAGCACUUAGAGACUAUCAUAGAACUCUCAGAAGAACGGGACUCUCUCCAAUUGCAACCUCAGACAUUAGUAGCACAAUCACCUUGUGAAUCUUCUUGCUUGAAAGACACUGAAAGCAAACAGCACCUGACAGUUGAGCUAGCAGAUGCCAAAGCAAAGAUAAGAAGGCUUAGGCAAGAGAUUGAGGAAAAGAAUGAGCAACUUCUUGACUAUAAGCAAGAAUUUGAAGAGGUGGAAAGUGAGUUAAGGAAGCUUCAGCAAGAGAAUAAGAAUUUACUCUCAGAUGCCCGUUCUGCCAGAGCUUAUAGAGAUGAAUUGGAUAUUCUUCGUGAGAAGGCAAUUCGAGUUGACAAGCUCGAAAGUGAAGUCGGCCGGUACAAAGAGAGGCUGCGUGAUAUGGAAUUCUACAAAGCUAGAAUGGAGGAGUUAAUGGAAGACAACCAAGUGAUGCUAGAAACAAAGAGAAUGUUUGAGGAUCAAAUCAAGACAUUGCAGUUCCGUUCUGAUAAAUUACACGUGGUAGAAAAAGAGAAUCUCCAAUUAAAAGCUAAACUACAUGAAAUGGAGUUGGAGCGUGAUAUGGACAGAAGGAAGAUUGAGGAACUUGUGGAGGAAAACAUGGCUCUAGAAAUGGCUCAGAAACGAAGUAUGGAUGAAUCACUACAUCUUGGCUGGGAACUUGAGCAGAUAAGCAGGUUUACUGAUCAUUCUGAAGUGUCACAUAAGUCACUUGGUCUUGAGGUAACUGAACUGACAUCAAGCAGAUUACUGAAAUUGGAAAAGGAAAACCAAGCCUUACUGAAAACAGUGGAAGAGCUACGGAGCACAAUGGAUGAUUCUGUAGGAGGCAAUAGUUCAAGGAUUCUGAAAAUGGAGCAAGAAAACCAAAGACUGAACAAAAAGAUUGAGGGACUGGAAAAGGAAAUUAUCCAAGAGAAACAGUGUCUUCAGAUCAAUCAAAACUUGACUAAGGAUUUGAUGAAAGAAAAAGUACAACUUGAAAAGAAAUUUGAGACACUUCGAGGAAACUUAGAACAACAGAUUAAACUCCUAGAACAAGAAAACGAAUGUUCAAAUCAAACCAUAGCUUCCUUAAGACAGCGCUCACAAAUCAGUGCUGAAGCACAAAUGAAAGAAAUUGAAAAUGAAAACAAAAUUCUUCACGAGUCUAUUAAGGAAAACAGUGGUAAAUUAAAUAAACUUGAAUUUGAAAUGAAACAAGUCCAGAAAGAAAUGAAGCACUAUAAAGAGAAAGCAGAGAGAGCAGAAGAACUUGAGAAUGAGAUGCAUCGUCUGGAGAAGGAAAAUGAAGCGCUGCAGAAAAGAAUUGCUAACUUAAAUAUCACUUGUGAGAAGAUAGAGGCCUUAGAAAAAGAGAACUCGGACCUGGACGUGGAAAACAGAAAGCUGAAAAAAGCUUUGGAUAGUGUGAAAAACCUCUCGUUUCAACUGGAGUCCUUAGAAAAGGAAAACUCACAACUUGAUGAAGAAAACUUAGAGUUGAGAAGAAGGAUUGAAUCUUCAAAGUGUGCAAGCAUUAAAAUGGCACAGUUGGAAUUAGAAAAUAAGGAGCUGGAGAACGAAAAGGAGCAGCUUAAAAAAAGCCUUGAACUCAUGAAAGCAUCGUUCAAGAAAAAUGAACGCUUGGAAGUCAGCUACCAAGGUCUAGACACAGAAAACCAAAGGCUACAGAAAGCCCUUGAGAACAGCAAUAAGAAAAUUCAGCAAUUAGAAAGUGAAUUACAAGAUUUAGAGUCCGAAAAUCAAACUCUGCAGAAGAACUUAGAAGAGUUGGUUAUUUCCAGUAAGCGCCUGGAGCAACUGGAAAAAGAGAAUAAGUUGUUAGAACAGGAGACUUCUCAACUGGAAAAAGAUAAGAAACAGCUAGAGAAAGAAAACAAAAGACUUCGACAACAAGCAGAAAUUAAAGACAGUACUUUAGAAGAAAACAAUGCCAAAAUUAGCCAUCUGGAAAAGGAAAAUAAGUCUCUGUUUAAACAAAUAGCUGUCUACAAGGAGUCAUGUGUACGCCUGAAAGAGCUAGAAAUGGAAAAUAAAGAGCUUGUGAAGAGAGCUAGCAUUGAUAAGAAAACCCUUGUCACUUUACGAGAGGACUUGGUGAAUGAAAAACUGAAGACCCAACAAAUGAAUAACGAUCUAGAAAAACUUUCCCAUGAACUUGAAAAAAUAGGCUUGAACAAGGAGCGUCUCUUGUGUGAUGAGCAGAGUAGUGAUGACAGGUACAAACUUUUGGAGUCAAAAUUGGAAUCCACUCUUAAGAAAUCUCUUGAAAUAAAAGAAGAGAAAAUUGCUGCUUUGGAGGCUCGUUUGGAAGAAUCAACAAAUUUAAACCAGCAACUCCGUCAGGAACUUAAAACAGUGAAAAAGAACUAUGAAGCUCUCAAACAAAGACAAGAAGAGGAAAGAAUGGUUCAGAAUCCUCCUCCAAGAAAGGGAGAAGAAAAUCAGUCUGUCAAUAAGUGGGAGAAAGAAAACCAGGAAACGACUAGAGAAUUACUGAAAGUUAAAGAUAGAUUAAUUGAAGUGGAAAGGAAUAAUGCUACACUUCAAGCAGAGAAGCAAGCACUGAAAACACAAUUAAAGCAGCUUGAGACACAGAAUAACAAUCUGCAGGCUCAGAUUCUCGCACUUCAGAGACAGACUGUUUCUCUGCAGGAGCAGAAUACAACUCUACAGACUCAAAACGCCAAACUUCAGGUUGAAAAUUCUACCCUUAAUUCUCAAAGUACAUCUCUAAUGAAUCAGAAUGCACAACUGUUGAUUCAGCAGUCUGCUUUAGAAAAUGAGAAGGAAGGUGUGCUCAAAGAGCUGGAAGAUCUGAAGUCACUGUACGAUUCACUUCUCAAAGACCACGAAAAACUGGAGCACCUACAUGAACGCCAAGCUUCUGAGUAUGAGUCACUGAUUGCUAAACAUGGAAGUCUUAAAUCUGCACACAAAAAUCUGGAGGUGGAGCAUAAGGACUUGGAAGAUAGGUACAAUCAGUUGCUUACACAGAAAGCGCAGCUGGAAGAAUUGGAGAAAGUGCUCAAAACAGAACAGGAGAAAAUUCUGCAGCAAAACAAAGAACAUGAGACUGUGGCAGCAGAGUAUAAGAAACUUCGUGAUGAAAAUGCAAGCACAAGAAUGCCAGACAAAGUGCUGUGCAGUGUGGAUGUGGACUGUAGAGAGAGCAACCCACAGCUUGCUCAUACACACGAUCAACUCUUGAAAGAGAAUGAAGUUCUGCAAACUGAUCAUAAGAAUUUGAAGACUUUACUGAACAGUUCCAAGCUGGGACAAACACAAUUAGAAGCUGACUUCUCUAAACUCCGAGAGGAGUACCAACUGCUGGAUAUUAAAUGUACAAAAAUAACUAACCAAUGUGAGCUGCUUAGCCAGCUUAAAGGAAAUAUGGAGGAGGAAAACAAACAUCUACUAGAUCAAAUUCAGACAUUAAUGCUACAGAAUAGAACAUUACUUGAGCAGAAUAUGGAAAGCAAGGAUCUCUUCCAUGUAGAGCAAAGGCAGUACAUUGACAAGCUAAAUGAAUUAAGGCGACAGAAGGAGAAACUGGAGGAGAAGAUAAUGGAUCAAUAUAAAUUUUAUGAGCCAUCUCCACCCAGAAGAAGGGGCAACUGGAUUACACUGAAGAUGAGGAAACUGAUGAAAUCCAAGAAGGAUGUUAAUCGAGAACGUCAGAAGUCUGCAACCCCUACACCUACCCGUUCAGAAUCCAGUGAAGGAUUUCUUCAGCUGCCCCACCAGGACAGUCAGGAUAGCUCCUCAGUGGGCUCAAACUCUAUUGAAGAUGGACAAGUCCUGGGAACCAAGAAGAGUACUAUGGUUGCACUGAAAAGACUGCCCUUUUUGAGGAACAGACCGAAGGAAAAAGACAAAAUGAAGGCCUUCUAUCGUCGCUCCAUGUCCAUGAAUGACCUGGUGCAGUCCAUGGUCCUAGCAGGAGGACAGUGGACAGGUAGUUCUGAGCAUCUGGAGGGUCCUGAUGAUAUAUCUGCGGGUAAAAGGAGGAAAGAAUUGGGAGCUAUGGCCUUCUCUACUACAGCUAUCAACUUUGCAACUGUCAACUCUUCUGCAGGCUUCAGAUCCAAGCAGUUGCUAAAUAAUAAAGAUGCUAUGUCGUUUGAAGAUGUAAGUCCACAAGGUAUUAGUGAUGAUUCUAGUACAGGAUCAAGAGUUCAUGGAGUACAGGACAUUAACUGUGCAGAUGCUCUUGCUCCUCCUGUUCGUGGCAUUUCAGCAAUGUGCAAGGUUCCCUGUCAGAUCUGUUCUUCCAGACCAGCCAGCCUUGAUAGUGGCAGAACAUCCACUAGUAAUAGCAAUAACAAUGCUUCACUCCAUGAAGUCAAAGCAGGUGUGGUUAACAAUCAAAGCAGACCUCAGAGUCACAGCAGCGGAGAAUUCAGCAUGCUACAUGAACACGAUGCUUGGUCAAGCAGCAGCAGCAGCCCUAUUCAGUAUUUGAAAGGUCAUACAAGGUCUAGUCCUGUGCUUCAGCAAAGAACACCUGAGACACUGGAUCGUGGUGGAAGAUGGAUCAAAACUGAUUCUCCUGGAAGUGAGGUUGUUACCCUGCAGCAGUUCUUAGAAGAAAGCAACAAAAGUACCUCAAGUGAGAUGAAAUCGGGGAGUGAAGAGAAUCUUUUAGAUGAAGUAAUGAGAAGUUUAUCAGAGUCAUCUGAGCUGACAGGGAAGGAAAAGCUGAGAAAGGCAUCUGCUGGUUGUGGAAUUGUGAGGUCACUGAGCGUAAAAAAUCCAGUUGAUUUCUCAGAUGGACGAUCCAUUAAACCAGAACAACUCGUAAGGCCCAGCCUUCGUAAAACAGAAGAUGCCUAUUUCACUAGCUCCCCAAUAAAAUUUACAUCGGGCACUCAAGGGAAGGCCAAAUCAGUGAAAGAAAAGAUGCAAACAGCUGCAUCACAGCGACAAUCAAGGGAUUGCAAUCCUUACGCUACCUUACCUCGUGCGAGCAGUGUGAUUUCUACAGCAGAAGGAACUACUCGAAGGACAAGCAUUCAUGACUUUUUGUCUAAGGACGUUAGGCAGCCUGUUUCUAGUGAUCCAGCAACAUCCACCGCUGACAGAAGUGCUCCAGCAACAUCUAGUUUUGCUGAAUGACAGCACAGCCUUCUGGUGCCACUGAUCAGCUUCCUCUCAGCUUCAGAUCAUCAGCAGUCUUGCUGAGGGUGGACUGUCCCUUCAUCCAGGUUGUUGAUGAAGAUACUGAGUAAGACCAGACCCAGUACUGACCCCUGGGGAAUACCACUAGCUACUCCCUUUGACCAGACUCUGGGCUGCUGAUCACAGCCCUCCUCUCAUCUACCUAGCUGGUCAUGACAAAGGCUACCAGAUUGAUCAAGCAUGAUUUCCCUUUGCUGAACCCUUGUUGGCUAUUCCUGAUAACCUUUCUUUCUUCCACUUUUUUGGAGGUGAAAUUCAGAAUAAGUUGUUCCAUCACUUCCCAGGGACAGAAGUGAUGCUGUCUGGCUUGUAGCUUUGCGUGACCUCCUUGCCCUUUUUGAAGACUGGGGUGACACUGGCUUUCCUCCAGUCUUCAAGCACCUCUCCUGUUCUCCAUGACCUUCCAUAGGUGAUAGAGUGGUUUGCAAACCACUUCUGGCAGCUCCCUCUGCACACGUGAGGGCAUCCAGACCCGGAGGAAAAGGAGUAGGGGGAUAAAUGUGUUUGUUAAAGACAUUCUGUGGAGCAGACAAUUGUUGUUCCAAAAAAUAAAGUAGCCCCCUUUUACCAUGCUUGCAGGCAUCUGUUAUUAUUGGGCUGAUGAUUUUUUCAUUUAACUGUUGCUCACAGUGUGCUGUGCUAAUCAUUGCUGUAUUUUGCCUUCAAAUUGUUUCACCUUUCAAAACAGAAAUAACAACAACACAACCUAAAAUCUGAAGAAGAAUCUUAAUUUCAUACCCAUCUUAGUCUUCACUCUUAGACAUUGUGUUCUGAUCUUAAGUCUCGUCGCUCAUCUUCAUUUCUGUUAAUUCAGAGCUGUGUUUGAAUUAGCUUUGAGAACAGUGUUAUCUGAAGCAACGUGCAUAGUAUAUGCUGGGAGUUAUUUGGGGAAUUAGAGAAAAUCUUUGUAGCAUUGCCAGUACUUUGUGUGAACUCAUUCUGUGUCUCCAGUAUCUGUUCUUCUUAACUGAUUGCAAGGUUGUGCCUCUUAGCAAAGCUUUUUUAUGAUCAGAACAAGGUUGGUAGCUAGAGGCAGGAUCUUCUGUUUAGAUCCAGUUGUCACUGUUUGAGAAAUUGGUAAGGUUUCAGAUGUGCUGUUAGCUCUUGUGUGGAAGCCUUACCUUGUGAGACUGUCACAACAGUGAAAAAUAGCAGUAUUGUCUUCAGAUACCUGCUUGUUAUGAAACUUACCUGCACAAGCACUAGUCCCCAGUUGUAAUGAGUGAUUGUAAUGAGGGAAGCCAGUCUAAAGAGAAAUUCUAAAGGUUCUUCCCCCAUGGAGUGCAGUUAAAGCUUGCUUUCAGUGGAACAAAAGAAGCAUUUUUCCAGCCGCUGCCCGUGGGGCAUUUCAGUUUGCACUGCUUGGUUUAUUCCCACAGCGCUAAACUUUCACAUACAAAACCAGUCUGAUAGUGAGCGUUUAUACCUGAUACGUAAUGCUUUGUGGCCUGUGUUUUGCAUUAUUCUGAAGAGGAGGGAGCAGCACUGAAACAGCUGCUUUCACUAAGACAAAAGGCUUCAGAGCAGCUGAAGUUGGCUGGUGUCUGUAUCCUUACAGACAAGGAGUUCUGACAAAUGUUGUCCUACCCAAGCUAGGGUUUGCAUUCUUCCAUAACCUUGUAAUGAAUUAAAUCUCAGUUCUGAAGAUGAUGGUUACUGUGCUCCUGUUCUUGCUCCACUGGGCUCACUGCAGUAGGAAGAGCAUGCUCCUGGGCAUUUUGCAAUGUCUCUGGAAAAAAUAUGUAAUAAAAGUUGUUAGUUUAUGAAAGGAAAUGAAUGUUCAUAUGUAUAAAAGGAACUGCUAUGUAACUUAAUAUAGCUUUUUAUAAACACUUCUUGGUCCUUACAUGCUAGCAGUACAUGUGUCGUGGAUGUCAGUGUUGGUUUGUGCUCCAGGAGUAGAAGGAGCUGUGAGAUUGGUUACAGAUGCAGUCAUUACUGCUCCUUGGCCAUCGGGGUGGCUGACUGUCAAACACACAGUGCACUUGCUCGUUUCCUGUCCCUGCUGCCUUUAAAAAUAGGAUGGUAGAACUCUGCAUGGUCAUUGUAGACACUAAGAGGUGGCUGCCAGCCAAAAAAGGGGUGGUUGUUCAGGUUCGAUGAUUUGCUUGCCGUUAAGCGUUUGCUUGAUGCUUUGCUUUGAGAGAAUAGCAAACUAAGAUACUGCAUUUUGCACGUUCAAGCUGUUGCAUGCAAAGAUAAUUUCCUGCUUAGCAGGAUUAAAUGUGAACGUUUCUGUAAAUGUGUACCAGGCCGAAGAAAAAACAAAAAGGAAAAGAUGAGUGAAGUUCUCGAUGAGGUUGUCAGCCCUGAUAAAAGAUGAUAUUGUUUUCUCAUCAUACAGGCAGAGUUACAGGUUUAGUUUAUAUAAAAGUUGAUUAAAAAGAUUGUGGCUUUGAAAACUGUACCUUAUUAUUCUGAAUGCUAAGAUGAACUGUCACUGAGUAGGCGCUUCGUGAGUUUCUUCUGUCCCUCUCCUCUGUUCUCUCCAAAAACUCCAAAUGUUUUUAUAUCCUUUUGCUCUACUAAUAAGUAGAAUGUAUGUAUGCAUGAGGGUUUUUUCUUGUCCUGAUCAAUGUGAUGAAUAAUAUGAAAUGCUUUUCU